GAAUAUACUCCUAAUAUGUUAUGAAUACGAGUGUAUUAAUCAAUAAGACGUCGGAAAGUAUAGUGAAUUUGACGACACAGUCGUCGGUGUCGUCGACCGCCAGGUCUUCGGUGGUCGAGACAAUGGCCGCCAAUUUGCCCAAAUUGGCCGAUAAUAUCACAGCCCUUGUGGAACAUCCGGGAAUAUUUCUUCAGUCCACGUCCGCUAAAGUCAUUUCCGGCGCUUUCGUAUGGAUCGCACUCAUCAUCACUUGUCAUCAGAUCUACCAACACUUGCGCUUCUACUCCAUGCCAUCGGAGCAGAGAUGGAUUGUUAGGAUUCUGUUUAUUGUCCCGAUCUAUGCGCUCGACUCAUGGCUUAGUCUUAUGUUCUUUAGAGAUAAUUAUUAUGUCUAUUUUGAAAGCGUUAAGGAUUGGUAUGAAGCGUUUGUUAUCUACAACUUCUUGAGUUUAUGUUAUGAGUAUUUGGGAGGAGAAGGGAAUAUAAUGACCGAAAUCCGCGGUAAGCCGAUCCGCUCGAGCUGGUGGUACGGCACCUGUUGUCUGUCCGGUCGCACGUAUUCCAUCGGUUUCCUCCGCUUCUGCAAACAGGCGACACUUCAGUUCUGUGCCGUCAAACCCAUGAUGUCUAUCAUUACGCUUGUAUUGCAAGCGUUUGGAAAGUAUAAGGACGGCGACUGGAGCGCCGAUUCUGGCUAUCUUUACAUCACAAUGAUAUACAACAUCAGCGUUUCUCUGGCUCUCUAUGGUAUGGUCCUCUUCUAUCACGCGACCAAAGACCUGCUCUCGCCGUACGAUCCCGUCUGGAAGUUCUUCACUGUUAAAUCUGUUAUCUUCUUGUCCUUCUGGCAGGGUGUUAUUCUGGCGGUUAUGGAAAAGGCGGACUUGAUUUCUCCCGUGUUCACAUACGGUGGUGAGAAGGCGAGUGCGGGUACUGUUUCGGCCGGUUAUCAGAAUUUCUUAAUAAGUGUGGAAAUGUUUUUCGCUGCGUUGGCUCUGAGAUAUGCGUUCCCCUAUCAGAUCUACUCGAACGGGUGUCCGACUGACGGAAACGGCCGAUCGGUGACAAUGCAGAGCAUAUCAAGCAGUCUGAAGGAGACGAUGAAUCCGCGGGACAUAAUGAAUGACGCCAUACAUAACUUUCACCCCAAUUACCAACAAUACACACAAUACCAGUCGUCCAACAAAUCGACGAGCGGUACGAAUAAACCUGUGGGCGAAACGGGAGCACUGAAUAAGUCGCAGCCCGUGAAUGAGCCUCAGAGCGGCUACAAUAGUGUGGCGAUUGAUGUGAACGCCAUGAAUGGUGUGGUGAAUAUGGCGUCCACUAUAGAAGCGGAAGACGCGGCCAAAAGUGGCAAAAAGUCGACUCAACAACAGGGAAGACAAAUCCAAACGAUUAGUCAGAAUUAUAGCGAAAAAACUACAUUAUUGUCGUCUGACGACGAAUUCCAAUGAAUUAUUACAUUUACAAACCGUUUGACGACUUUCUUCUGUCUUUUCAGCAUUUUAUGAGAUAUUUAUUUGAAACCCAUUUGUGAGAAGUCAUGAAAGUUGUGGAGAAAUUUACGAAUAAUUAUUACAAUUUAUUUAUUGAUUACAAAACUGUUUACUUCUACAACACAAAGAGAAGCUGAGCUAACAUUUGAAGUAAAUUUUCAUUUGAGAUCUGUUUUAUUGUUUCAAAGUUGAGCUGAAAUUUGAUUUAAUAGACAGUUAUUAUUAUAUUAAUUGUAAAUUACUUUGAAUUUUUAAAUGUAGUUUUUGUGCAAUUUGUGAAUAUAUUUAAAAAGGAUUAAAUGAAUUAAUGGCUGAAAUUCAAAGUUUGUGCCCAACAGUGUUGUGGCAAAGAGUUGUCAAAUAAAUUAACGAAUAAAUCACUUAUAGAAUAACAAAAUGACAAUUUUAUUUAAAGCUAGAAAAUGGUCACAAUUUGACAACUCUUUGCUACAAUAAUUACAUCAUUCAAACUAUUGUCAAAUACCAAAGACUUAUAAAUACAUAACAGUAAAUGUAUAUUUAUUUAAAACCUAUAUUUAAAACCAGUGA